AAGAAAGAAAGAAGGAAAGAACUUUCUCUGCUGUGUGGAAAGUGAGAGUUGAAACAUGGCGGGAAUUUCUGUCUUUCUGUUUUCUGUUUCCUGUCUGCAAUAAAAGUCGAGAGCUGCAGCAUGUCGGACACACUGAGACGCAUCCUACUCUUCUUCAUCAUCUUCAUCAGACACUGAGACAUACAGCUCUCCGCAGCAUCAUCUUCAUCAUGUUGUUCGUGUUCUUCAUCCUCUGCAGCGCCCUGACGCCGGCUCUCUGCUGUGAUUGGCUCGAUCAACGGUUUAGUCACGUGAACAACAAAUGUCUGACUCACCUGAAGCUCAUGGGCGAUCCGCUGACUGAGGAGGAGAGUCCAGUUCCCUUUCCAUACGAUCUCUACCAAAGCAUGAGGAACACACAGGUGUUGGAGUCCCAGCUGUUGUUCAUCAGAGACAGUCUGAAGCUUAUUUCUGAUCUCUAUCACCACGGCAACCGCUCCUCCGCUGCCUGGAAUACCAACGAGGAGACCAACUUCCUGAUCACCAUCGACAGACAGAACGAGGAGCUCAACAAAUGCGUUUCGAUUGAAAAACCAGUUAAAGUCCUGCUGAGAAAAUACUACAAGAGACUGGAAAAAAGCACUCUGCACCGUACGGGGGGCGGUACUGCGUACUGGGAGCUGAUCAGGAUGGAAACUAAACGGCACCUGGACCAGUUGGAGAUGCUGGUCUCCAUCAUCACCAGCAGGAGGCGCUCUGCAGCGUCUCCACACUAACUGUCUGUUUCAUGUUCAUCAUGUUUCUCUGUGAGAACACUGAUAUUUUAUUUAUUUAU